AUGGCACCCCUCCGAGACACUAUUGUGACGCUUCUUGUGCUCCUCUUCAGCACAUUGACAAUUGCCCAUUCGGAAUCGCGUGGUGGUUCGGGAGCAAAAUGGGUGGACAUUUGGGCUGCCAUGCCACAGCUCACUGAGCCGGCAAACUUGCCACCGGCGCCUUUUAACGAUACCGGUGUCGUCUUUCAAAACAGCACGAUCCGGCAGACAAUCCGAGCGACAUUGUCGGGAGAAACCCUGCGGCUGCAAAUCUCCAAUGCGUUUGGCGCUUCCAAUCUUCCCAUCACAGCGGCAUCAAUCGCGUUGCCGGCAUCCAACGGGACCGGUUCCGGUGUCUCGGCCAUUGAUACUUCUACCAUCCGGGGUCUGACCUUUUCGGGCGGCCUGACAAAUUACACGAUCCCGCCGGGAGCAUUGGCGCUGUCGGACCCAAUCUUUGACUUUCCCAUUGACGCUGGCGACAUUAUUUCCGUGUCACUGUACCUGGCCGACGGACAGACGACUAAUAGCAUCACGUCGCACCCGGGCAGCCGAACAACCUCGCACUUUGUCCUCGGCAACGCUCUCGACGCAAGCGAUCUCUCCACGGAUGACUCCCACCAGUCUGCCGACCACUGGUAUUUCAUCUCGACCCUGUCGGCCUAUAUCCCGGACAGCCGCGCCCUGGCCGUCCUGGGCGACAGCAUCACGGACGGGCGGGGCAGCACGACCAACGGCAACGAUCGCUGGCCCGACGUGUUAUCCGGCCGCGUAUCAUCGUCUUCCAUCUCGGUGCUCAACCUGGCGGCGGGCGGGAACCGGAUCCUGCACGACGGGCUCGGGCCGUCCUUGCUCUCCCGUAUUGACCGCGAUGUGUUGGCGGCGUCCGGGGUGCGCUAUGCCAUGGUCUUUGAGGGCGUGAAUGAUAUCGGGACGGCAGCCGUCGACGUGGUGAGCCAGACGGACGUUGGGAACCGGUUGCUGGCUGCGUAUGAGCAGAUUGUUACGCGGUUACAUGCCCGUGGUCUGCCUGUAUUUGGGGCUACGAUCACGCCGUUUAGUGGACCUGGGCAGUCUUACUCGGACCCGGAGCGUGAGAGGACGAGACAGCGUGUCAACGCUUGGAUCCGUGACUCUGGUCGAUUCGACGCCGUGAUUGACUUUGAUGAGCUUGUACGCAACGCAACACAACCCGAUCAGAUCACGGAUGAGUACAACUCGGGCGACUACCUGCACUUGAACCCCGCUGGAUACAAGGCCAUGGGUGAGGCGAUAGAUCUGGACUUGUUUGAGCAGUUCCGGGGUGGGGUCGACGGUAUCCUGUGA